GAAUCGCAUGACAUGGACUACGAAGAAGCAGACUUUGACCAGUUCCUUGUACAGGUGUAUCCAAAACCUGAAGUGUUCAACAGAAUCAGCAAGAUAGCUCUGCGGUCUGAUUUCCAGGAACGACCCAAUGUUCUCAUGUUUGGCCUGGAUUCUAUGUCUCGCUUGUCUUGGCAAAGGAAGAUGCCACGCACAUAUAAAUACUUGCAGGAAGUAUUGGGUUCUGUCAUCUUUGAAGGCUACAACAUUGUUGGGGACGCUACAACAGCAGCUCUCAUUCCCAUGCUGACAGGAAAAAGUGAAGUGGAGCUCCCUGAGGUACGCAAACACUUUGUGGAAAGUGAAUACGUAGAUAGCUAUCCAUUGGUCUGGAACAACUUCGCGAGCAAGGGCUAUGCCACAUUGUAUUCGGAAGAUGAGCCGAGCAUUGGGGUCUUCAAUCUUAGACUUAACGGGUUCCUGCGACCACCCACGGACCACUACAUGCGGCCCUUUUGGCAGGCCCUCUGGGAGAGUCCUGUACACAGGGAUAGCCCAAGAUAUUGCACUGGCAAUGUCCCCAAUCAUGUGUACUUGCUCAACUAUACUAAGGAGUUUUUUGUGAAGUAUGCAAAUGUGUCUAAGUUUGCUUUCACCUUUGGCAGUGAGCUGACACAUUGGGAUAACAAUCCUGGGGAGUAUAUUGACGCAGACUUUGUGGAGAUGUUUGAAUAUCUACAUAAGGGUGGUUUUCUUGACAAUACGUUUGUGAUGGUAUUUGCUGAUCACGGCGCAAGAUAUUCUCGUGUCCGUAAAACAAUUCAAGGUAAAAUGGAGGAGCGACUACCAAUGAUGUCCAUAGCUAUGCCAAAACAGAUCAGGGAAAACUAUCCAUUGUUAUGGAGGAACUUACAAAGAAAUGCUGACAAGUUAGUAACUCCUUUUGACAUUCACGAGACUCUUAUAAACAUACUAAAUUUAUCACGUAAAAGUAAAGUGCAUUCCUUCAAGACUAUUCCAAGAGGAAUAAGCCUGUUAGAUGAGGUACCGGCCAACCGGACGUGUUCGAUGGCUCACAUAGACAUGCAUUGGUGCACGUGUUUGAAGCAGCUUGAACUGGACGUGACUGACACUCAUGUGCAGAAGUCUGUGAACGCAUUUGUGGAUUUCCUAGACAGGCAGACAAGGCCUGUGCGCCAUUUAUGUGAGGAACUUCGAUUCAAGUCUCUUCUCCAUGCUGUCCUGCUGAUACCCAAUGAAAAGGUUCUGAUGUUUCAGAAGUCCAUUGAUGACGACAAUCGCCAUGGGAACUUCUCUAGUCACAUAAAUGUGGACCACGCCCAUUUUCAAAUCACCAUAGCAACCAGUCCAAACAAGGGCUUGUUUGAAACUACUGUCCAGGUGAAUAUGACAUCUGGAGCGUAUACAGUGCUGGAGUCAGCAGUGAGUCGACUUGAUCGCUAUGGCAACCAGCCAGCCUGCGUGCAGGACAAGUACCCAGAUCUGCGUAAAUACUGUUACUGUUGGAGACUACAUAAGACUUUGACAGUUGGCGGGAAACCAUCAUCAACUGGAGAGAUGCCGGUAAAAAGAUGGCCAUAAAACAGUGACCGCUGAUUCGCAUUGAGUUCUUUCUUACAUAUUGGAUGACCUAUGUUUUUUAUUGUUUAAAUCAUUGCGGCUUGGAAUGCUCUUUAAGAAAAGGUAUGGUUAUGGGGGUGUCUACGCGCAAAAGUUUGACUUUAUUUUUUGUUAAAGUUAUUGCUUUUACAUUGAAUUUGUGCGUGAAAUCUUUUGGUAUGUUGUGACCUGCAUGAAAUAGUGGGGGAUUCACAAAUGCGUUCAUGCUUUACGCUUUACUGAAAACGAAAGAUAGUCAACCAGUUUUUCAUGUCGUAAUUAAACACAAUUUGAAGGCGAAACGAGACUAAGGUCUUAAAUUUUGACACGUGAAGAGUUUUUUAACAAAUGCAAAAUUUUCAGUUAUUCAUUUCAGCUUACUGGCGGUAAAUUUCUCAAACAUAUAAUUUGCUAUUCUUAAGGUCUUUAAUGUGACUCGACACAAACGCCGACAGAUUUCUAAGCACAUAUGUUCACCUUUAUCAUGAUCAAUGUGUAUGUUGCAUCAAAGGUAAUACUACAGCAGGUUUUUUUUGUAGAAAUAUAUAUUAUCUGCUCUGUAACUUUACAAUGAAUGGAAGGAUGUCAAACAUGGCGUAAAUUUCCCACUAUGGUAUACAAGAUAGGUUUUCCUGCUCAAGAACCCAAUUCACCAUUGUCCACGAUAUAUCUAGUUGAACUAGCCUAUUGAUAUUAAAGUUGUUUCUGUUUUGUUUAGAACAAAUGUCAAUUACAUUAAAAUGUGGAUGUACAUAGUAUUUGCUGAUAUGAUUCCAUAUUCCACAUUUCACCCAACGUGACGAAUUGGUAACAAUCCUAUGUUAACAAAGUAUAAUGGGCUGAAAUAUUGCAAUGUAAUAAUUAAUCUUUUACACCAAGACCAUCAGCGGACAGUCCUAUCUGCACAUGUGUACCCCUCAACGAAAGGCGCAGGGAAAUAGAAAUGGUAGGCGUCAUUUCAUCCCUGUAUACGAAUUAUAUCGUAAUUAAACGAUUACAAGAUUUACGAUCUCUAAAACUAA